AUGACCAAAAAUAACGAAGGCCCCCGUGUGCUGAUUGCGGGAGCCGGAAUAGCAGGGCUGGCGGCUGCCAUCUCUCUGGCCCGCCAAACACCUAUUCCCAAUCUCAACAUCCUUCUGUAUGAACAGGCUCCAGAGCUCUUAGAAAUCGGUGCUAGCAUUGCAUUGAGUCCCAAUGGGAUGCGCACUCUGGAGAAACUUGGUGUACACAAUGCUCUCUCGGAUGAAGUGGGAUUUAGAACUCCCAGUGGUAUUCCGCAGAUCAUUCGCCAUUGGAAGACAAACCAAGUUCAUUCAGUCGACACACACGUCAAUGUUCCUGAUCCUCGGCAUAUUACCACGCGCUUCCACCGGGGCCACUUGCAUGCCGCGCUGCUUGAGCACGUUCCUCGCGAGUCCAUUCAUUUGGGAAAGAGGACGGUUCGCGCUGCAGCCGAUCACAAGGGUGUCACCCUGUACUUUGAUGACGGGACCAGUGCUCAUGGGGACAUAUUGAUCGGGGCAGAUGGUAUCAGAUCGAAAGUCCGUCAAUCCUUCAUUCCAGAAUACAAACUACGGUUCAGUGGAAAGGUCUUUAUGAGAUCGACAUUUGAUGCAUCUCUGGUGGAGGGCAAAGUUCCCAUUCUGCCGGCUGAUUCAGUUCACUGGUGGGGACUGGAAGAUACUUUUUUCGCUUCUCGUCUAGUCGGCGCUUACAACGACCCGCGCAGCACCGAAGAGGUCGAGAAAAGUGUCACCUGGGACCAAGAAGGAACCGUCGAGUUUCUCAGGGCAAGAUACAUGGACUGGAACCCUAUCGUCAAACGUCUAACAGAACUCACACCCUACACCAAGCUUUAUCCCAACUAUUCAGGUGAUUCUCUAUCAACAUGGGUCCUCGCCUCCCAAGUGACAUUGAUCGGUGAUGCAGCCCAUACACAUGGAGGGGCCUUUGCGGCGGGAGGCUCCCUCGCGUUAGAUGACG